CGAUUGCUAAAGCGGUAGAUUACAAAAACGUAAAUAAAGAAGAAUGCAGCUUCAAAAUACUAUAUAACUGUAUACACGCCGAAUAAAUUAUUUGAGACAGAUUAUUUAUUUAAUUAAAGUAAUGUGAUAAUGUAUAUACGCAAAUUAAAACCGUUAUAAACAAGAGUACAACGAUGUCAUCAUAUUUCGCGAGAACAGUAAGGUGAGGCCACAAUCAAAUAUGGUCGUAUAAGAACAUGUUGCCAUAAUGAAUAAGAAACAAGCGACUUUGUUUCAGAGCUGGGGUAAUAGAGCAACUACCUCUGAACAAAAGUCUAUCCAGCCAGUGGCUCAGGCAUCAACCUCAUCAGUUAAUGAUGAUGUCAUCGAUUUAUGUGGUAGCUUUGAAGAUGAUGACGACGAUCUUCUGUGUGAGGCUGAGGAAUCGGUAUCUAAUGUUAGUGGACACACAGGAGCAGGUACUAUUGCAAAUAAUACAUCACAUAACAGCCGAGAACACGCUAAUGAUCAAGAUCAACAUGUUGGAGAUGUUUCAGUCGGUGCAGAUGGCUUCAUGCCAACCCAGGCUCAAACUCAGAACUCUAAUCUUACAGGUUUUGAUAAAAGUGCUGGUAAGCUGUGGAUCUACCCGACAAACUAUCCUGUUAGAGAUUAUCAGUUUGAUAUAGUCAAGCAGGCUUUAUUUAAAAACACAAUGGUUACGCUUCCUACUGGGCUUGGUAAAACCUUCAUCGCUGCAGUUGUGAUGUAUAAUUUCUAUCGCUGGUACCCUCAAGGGAAGGUGAUUUUUAUGGCUCCAACAAAACCACUUGUUGCCCAGCAGAUUGAAGCAUGUUACAAUAUCAUGGGGAUUCCACAGGACCACACAGCUGAAAUGACAGGGAGUAUGGGGCCAUCAAAGAGGGAGAGAGCAUGGCAUGACAAAAGAGUGUUUUUCCUUACACCACAAGUGUUAACCAAUGACCUGAGUAGAGGAUCGUGCCCGGCACAUUAUGUGAAAUGUUUGGUCAUAGAUGAGGCCCACAAAGCUCUUGGUAACCAUGCUUACUGUCAGGUUGUAAGGGAACUUGUGAAGUACACAGAAAACUUCCGAGUUCUUUCUCUCAGUGCAACUCCUGGUAGUGAUAUCAAGGCUGUUCAGCAGGUUCUCAACAACCUUUUGAUAUCUCAAAUAGAGAUACGUACAGAAGAGUCGAACGAUAUCAAGAAAUACUCUCAUGAAAGGAAGGUAGACAAAGUGGUUGUGCCCCUUGGUGACGAGCUAACUAAAGUUAAAACAAAGUACAUCCAGAUAAUGGACGUAGUUGUGAAUAAACUGAAGAGGUAUGGUGUCCUAUAUAACAGAGAUACAGCCAGUUUGUCCAAGUUUCUCAUCCUCAAAGCCAGAGAGGCAUUCAGGCAAAAUCCACCAGAAAAACUACAGAGAAACCAGUAUGGUAUAGUGGAGGGAGACUUUGCAUUAGCUAUGAGUCUCUAUCACGGGUUUGAGCUGCUACAGCUGCAUGGGUCAAGGUCAUUGUACAAUUUCCUUGAAGGAAUAUUGACUGGAGAUAAGGGAUAUGGCCGGACAAGAACUGAACUGACCAGAAAUGCAGAUUUUAAUGAACUAAUGGGUCUUUUAUCUGGGAAAUAUACUGCACCAGAAAGUGAGACAGCAAGUCAGGCUAGAGCUAAGCCUUUUGUAAUUGGACAUCCAAAAAUGGAGAAAUUACAGGAGAUUGUUUUAGAUCAUUUCAACACACAUUCUGAUGCUGGUACAAGAGUGAUGAUAUUCUCACAGUAUCGUGACAGUGUACAGGAGAUUACGGACAUGCUACAUGUACAUCAACCCCAUCAUUAAGUUAUGAGUUCAAUAGGACAGGCCACUGCUGGAAAAUCUACUAAAGGCUUUACACAGAAAGAACAACUAAAGGUAAUGAAACAAUUUAGAGAGGGUGGCUACAACACGUUAGUAUCAACAUGUGUAGGUGAAGAAGGUUUAGACAUCGGUGAUGUGGACCUUAUCAUUUGUUUUGAUGCUCACAAAAGUCCUAUACGACUGGUACAGAGGAUGGGUCGUACUGGACGUAAACGAGAGGGUAUGAUUGUGAUGCUGGUGACCCAGGGUAAAGAAGAACAGAUAUACAAUCAGAGCCAAUACUCAAAGAAAAGUAUACACAAAGCCAUUCUGAACGGUGCCAAAUCAUUACACUUUUAUCAACACAGUCCGCGUAUGUUGCCUGAAAACUCUGUGCCAACUUGUCACAGUAUGCAUAUCACAGUGAAAGAGAACUUUAAACCCACAAGGAAAAUCUCAACAGAUAAGGAAGCCAACCAGAGUAAAAUAACCACAAUGAUGAGUGAUGCUGCUUCAAAGAAGGAUCAGUCAGAAGAAAUAAUUACACUAGAAGAGUACAGGGAGCUUGAACCAUGGCUGAUCCCUGAUGAGGAAAUACCAAAACUACCAACUUGCAGUAUAACUUGUUUGGAGCAAGAAUAUACCAAUGAAGAGCAGCAUGAAAAUGGGAGAUUUUUAUCUCUAUCAGAAUGGACUCCAUGGCAGAAUACUCUUCAAGACACGGAACUUGUAGACCAUAGUCUUGGUUCUAAACAUCUUGUACAAAUUAUGGAGUUCAUACAGCUUCAGCAGAGCCUUGACCCUUCUGACGAUCCAUAUGGUUUAGAGAUGGCAGCUUAUUUGAAUGAGGAAGAUAUCUUAAAACCUGGUGAAACUGAGAUCCCUUCAUUACCUACAUUCCUUGCACCAAAACAGAACAAAACCAAUGGAGACAAAGGCAAGAUUGGUAAAAAGUCUGAUGAAAAACCAAAAUCUAGGAGAAGUGAAAAUCUUCCGAAGUUUGAUUUUCUUGAUGAUAGAAUGGAAAUAAGCAGUGAUGAAAGCCUCCCUGAGUUUGAAUUUAGUCGAGCUACUAAGGAAACUGGUGACAUAGAAAAUUCAGGAUUAGGUAUUAAAAGAAAACCUGACACUGUCCAGAAAAAGCUUACAGUUACAAGAAAAGUAUCAGAUGAUGAAAAUAUUCCAGCUCCUGAUAUUCAUGAAGUUAUUGACAUUUCUGAGAAAAUUGAAAACUGCACUAAUAAAACAACUGAUGUGGCAAAAGAUGUUCAAAAUUCGUCAUUGAAAAGCAAGAAAAGUGGGUUUGUGAGUAAAGCAAAAUCCCUAGAGAAGAGGAUGACAAUUGGAAAUGCUAGGAGGAGGAAGAAACAUCGACAGAAUAGUGGUCAUACAUCGAUUAUAGAGUUGAUAGCAGACAAUGACUUAGCAGACUUUGAUUGUUCUCCUGGGGUGUCUGAUAUGCUAAGUAUAAAACCACAUGUUGAAAAUGAAGAUGCAGCAGGGUCAAGACAUUUAAAUGAAGAAAAUUGUCAAAUUUUAUCUGACGAUUCUGAUUCCGAAUUGUGUAAAAUUAGUUCCUUUAAGGAUAUAAGUACAGAAAUAUUCAGGAUACGAACUCCACCGUCAGUAGAAGAAGUAGCCAAAGUAUGUGAGGCUUUAGAAACAGGUUCUAAAUUUGGAGAUGUAGAUUUCAUUGAUGCGAUAGAUGAGUGGCAUAGGGAGAAUAAACAAGGGAAGUAUAUAGUGUAUCCCGAAAGCAUGUUGAAUGACUCAAUCACCGAUUUUUGCAGAAACAGGAAAUCGGACAAGAAAAAAAUGUCCAUUUCCAUGGUAGAUAUAAAAUUAAAAGAACCAUUCUCAAAUGAAAAAUUGGUUUCUGAUAAGCGAACACAUGUUGAAAGAAUGGACAACAAGAGAGAUAAAACUGUUUUGAAAACUACAUUAGAUAGUCCAAAUAGCAAUGCUUUAACAGAUAUGAAUACAUCUUGUGCAUUAGAUAAUCCAAAUAGCAAUGCUGUUACUGAUAUGAAUACAUCUGCUGAUUUAGUGAAUGGACUGAAAUUAAAGAAUAGAAAAAAAUUGUUCAAAUCACCCUUGAAUGAGAAGCAAGUUGAUAAAGAAUGUUUAAACGGAAACAAAAGAAAGAUAAGGCAUUCAGUUCAUGUUGAUGAUGAAAUGGAAGUUGAUGUUGCUAAUGAUAUUCAAUUAAAAUCAACAACAUUUGUUUCUGGGGAUGGGAAACACCAUUUAAAGGAAAAUGAAAUUAAGUUUACCCAUUUAGACAGGAGUGACCAAGAUGAUAUAGAUUUGAAUGAAAAGGAUGAUAUCGCUUGUACUGGUAACUUUAUGUUAAAUGCUGAUGACAUGUUCUCAGCUAGUGAUGACUGGAUGUCUGAAGAUUUGGUUGAGAUUAAAGAUAACUCAAAUGAAGCUUCAUCUGUAAUGUUAGGGUUAUCAGAAAGUAAAAAACUAGAUGAAAAAGGAAUGUCUGAUAACAGAAUAUUGGAUGAUGAUUUAGAAAUAACGUAUGUUUCAGAUAACAACACAAGUGCAAAGUUGCAAAAAAGUUCAAAUUGUACUUCUUCAUUAGACAAAAAUAUAAGAAUUUCAGGAGCUGAUUAUAGUUUUGUGACAGAGAAUAUAGGGAAGAAAAGGAAUUAUAAUAAUGAAUCAUCUUCAAAUCAAAAAGUAAAUGUGUCUUUUUCAAAUUUGGAUAAACCAAAGUAUGACUCUUUCCUGUCUGAUGACAAAGAUGAUGAUUUGUUUAUGGGCAUUACAACUCCAUCAGCUACCAAGACCCAUGAGACUAGUACUCAGAUCACAUUCACACAGGCUCUUGACUUUGUUCAUAGUGGCAAAGGAGGAUCUGGGUCAUCAGAAGCUUGCAUUAAGAGUCAUGGCAAUGAAAAUGGACAUGGUUUUGAAAAUAAAAUCAAUGCAAGUAAAAAUAGAAUCAUUGAAAAUCCAAGUCCAAAAUUCAAUUUGAAGAAAACACUUCUUGGUUUUAAUAGUACUGAUGAAAGUAUAUCUGAUGAUGAUGAAAGACAGAUAAAAGAUUGUUCAAAAGUUAUCAAUUAUAACAUGUCCACUGUUGAUGAGGAUGUUUCAGAGGAAGGUAGAGAUUUGUCAGAAAAAAAGGUUUCAAGAAAAGAAUCCUCCUCUUCAGAAAGUGUUAUAGACAUGCCAGAGUUUGAUUUAGGGUUUGAGUUUGAUGAUGAUGUAAUUCCACCUUCUCCCAAAGCCACUCAAGUUUCCCAAAAGUCGUCAUCAAAUAGACUGAGUCAAGCCUUUACAUUUACAAACUGUUUAAGCCAAAGUCGCUGUGAUGCAUCAGGUGAAACAUUUUAUGAUGACAAGUAUGGAAGUAAAUUAGAAAAAAUAAAAGUUGGUGAAAGAAACAAUUUUGGAGCAAAUAAUGUCAAAGUUUUGAAGAGUAAGAAAAGCUUAGACUUAAAUGAUACACACAUAGAGGAUGUUGAAAAGAGUAUUAAGAACAAUGAAGAAGAAAGUCAAUCUCUUUUUAAUGACAUCGUUAAUGUUCCUCUUCGACCUUUGAGUAAAAAGACUAAAUUUUCUUUGGAUGCUAUACAAGAGAACUCAGAGGAUGACUUUUUUGAAAAUACUGAAAAAAAUGUAGUUAACAGUGAAACACAUUCAGAUAAUGAGACGAAAACAUCAGGAAAAAUUGAAAACGGAAUCAAAGAGCCCUUUGCUACGAAGUCAGAUCUUGAUACUGAACAGGAGAUUGAGGGCAAUUGUACGGGAGCAUUUGAAACAUCUUUUGCACUUUUAGGUGAAGAUCUUGAGGAUUGGAUAGAUUCAGGAGCAGAAUUUCAAGUUCAAAAUGAUCCAAAACCAAAGAAUGAUAAUUUAACAAAUUUUGAUAAUGAAAAAAGCUGUGAUUCGUUCCUUGCUAGUCAAAAAUCUUUAGAAAAUUUUCGACAAAAAGUCAAUACCCCAGUGGUUGCUGUUAGCCCAAUCACUUUUUCACAGGAGAAGAAUGACAAACAUUCUGUUAGAGACAAACAAGCUAAAGAAUUACCUUUAAGACUUAACAAAAACGUUAGGAAAUCAGUAUUUAGGUUGGAUGAUCUUUCAUCAGAUAGUUUUGAUGAUUCUUUCAAUUUUACAAGUGAUAUGCUAUUAGAUAAAGAUACUAACAGGACAAGUACAGGUAUGGUGCCAGUUCUACACAACACAAGCACACCGUUAAUCCACCAGAGCAAAAAGGUUCAAAGUGUUACUCCAUUUAGAAUAUCAGAAAACAAUACCCCAGAUAGAGCUAAUGAUAUUACUCCAGUGAAAGCUUCAGACACUUUACCUGAUUUAAAUACACAUUCCCCUUUUAGGGAAAUGAGUAGAAUACCUGAAGAAACGCCUAUACAAAAAGCUGACGAGUCUGGAAGAUGUUUAUCGAGACUAGAUAGCUCAGAAGAGAAAGAUGAUGAUAGCUUCAUUGUAAGGAGAAAGAAAAAAGUUAAGAUAUUAGACUCUCCUUUAACACAGAAAGAAAAUAUUGUUAAGAAUCAUAUGACCAAAGAACAGCCUCAUGAGAAUGAUAACCAAGAAAAAAGUAAAAAAGGCACUGCAUUUAUGAUAAGUAGCGAUGAUGAAGAUUUUGAUGAUUCGUUUAUGUUAAUGAAAAAUAAUUACACUACAAAGAAGUCUAUUCCACAGCUUGAACAAUCUUCUGAUGAAGAUUUUGAAGAAAGUUUUGCUGAGUCAAAUAUACAAGUUCCUUGGAAAAAUGCUUCAAAAAAUAUUGCAACCAAUGAUAAAAGGAAACAACAUGAAAAAGUGAAACUGAAAAGCAAGCAAAAGAGAACUUCAAACCCAUUCAUUGAUGAAGAAGCUGAGCUAAGUGAAGAGGGAGAUAGCAAUGCAUCUUCUGAUGAACAUGAAGGAAGUGACUUAGAUAGAUAUGAGGGUAGUUUUAUAUCAGAUUCUCAAAAUACCCAGUCACAAGCUCUUAACGAUACUGAUGUACAUGCUCUCUAUCUAAAAUCUGUAAAAAGUCCUGUUGGACAUAGGGGUGGGUUUAAGUUACAGUUUAAUCACAGGAGUGAUGUUGAUGUGUUUUCCCAAAAACCACCACCUGAAGACUCCCAUUAUAUGGAGGAUUCAUUUUGUGUUGGCUCAGCAGAUGAAGAGGAGGAAGACAAUUGGUUGCUAGGAGACGGAGGAGAUGAAUCUGAAGAGGAACUAAAGGAAGUAACUUUAAUUCAGAAUUCAGUAAUGCAUACAGGUAGAAAGCGCAGAAGAGGUUUGCAAGCUUUCCAGACUAGUAGGCAAAGAGCAAUACAAAUGGGAAGGAUGAAAGCAUUAAGUGAAAUAAGAACAAAGUUGGCAGGAAAAAUGAAAAGACCAGCUAAAAAGCAAAACUUAUCUUCCAGUGAAGAUGAAAAUGAAAAGGUUGAUGCUCCAAAAACGAAACGUAGUAGAAUUCAGUUAAAUAAUGACACAUCAAGUGAUGAAGAAAACGUGCUUGUCUUGAAUCAAAGUGAUUUGAUGUCUCCAAAAGUUCAGCCAAUGUCAAAAUCAAAGAAAAGAAGUAGAUUACUUUUGAGUAGUGACAACAGUGAAAGUGAAGAUGAAUUUUAUGAAAGCAGAAGCAUGUGCAGAAGUAAUAAAAGUGUUAAACUGGUAAAUAGGAAUGUUUAUGAUAGAAAUGAAGAUUUAAAUGAAAAAUCUGUAAGCAAAACAUCAGCUGUAAACGGUCACCAAACUGCUGACGAGUUAAGACAAGAGAGAUUGAGGAAACAAAAAGAAAAACAAGCAGAAUAUAGAAGGCAAAUGGCAGAAAGGAAAGUAGGAGAUAGUAAAGGCUUAGAUAGCAUAGAAGAAAAUUCAAGUGCCAAUGCAUUAACAAAAUUAAAGAAGAAAUCUGUUUCAAAUAAUGAAGCACACAAUGAUGAUUUUGAUUUUGUUAGACCCAUAAAUGAAGAUAAGUUUGAUGAUACAGACUUGCUUAUGAACUCAACGGCGAGAAAUUCAAAGUUUGAUGGAAAACUAGUAAUAUUAGUGGAUUCAAAAGAAAUUAGUGGAUCACAAGAUAUUAUUUCUGAUCUGAGAUUUAAACAUGACAUAAACGUUUCAGCAGCACAGUUACAUGGGUGUGAUUAUAUUGUGAGUAAUCGGAUGGCUGUGGAAAGAAAACAAUGGUCUGAAUUUAGUAACGGUAGCAAUAGAGCAAAAUUGAUUGAAAGAAUGCAGUAUUUAGGUGAGUUAUACGAUAGACCGUGUCUUAUUGUUGAAAAAGAUCGCAUCAAACCAGGUGAGGAAAAAUCUGUAAGACAAGUUCAUUGGACGAAGUAUGUUGAUAGAACAAUAGCAUUGCUACAAAGAUCUGAUAUAAAAAUACUAUUUACUGAUAACUUUACUGAGACAGCUGUUCUCCUCGCAGACUUAUGUAGACUUGAACAUCGGAAAAAGACGGCAAUCCAAGUGCCAAUAGAAUUGAAUGAUGAACAGAGCCAUAGAGUGAAAUUCUUUGUUUCUUUACCGAAAUUGAGUUAUGUCCAUGCACUGAAUUUAUGUGAUGGAUUUAAGUCUGUGUCAGAUUUUUUGAAAUCAAGCGCUGUUUUAAUAGAGUGUAGGGGGAAAAUGUCUAAGAAUAGAGCUGUUGAAGUGUAUAAUUACAUAAGGAGAAUGUUUGAUCAAAAUUUGUUACCCACUAAUUACAAAUGAAUGUCACAGUAUUGUUUCUAUUUGAGCACAGAAAGCAAUCAUUUUGUCUAUUUCAUUGUGAUUAAUUGGUUUAGAAAAUAAAAAAUAGAUUUGUUUUAAAAUAAUAACAAUGUUAAUUAAAUUGCAAGUCACAGUUUUCGUUUUGCCAAUAAGAUUUGUUUUUUAUUUAAAUUGUAAAUUUGUUAAAUAAGAAAUUAUAUGUAAUAGAAAUAUCAAAAAAAGAUAAAAGAAAUAUAAAAUUCAAGUUUUGACAUCUGUCUUAAUAACUAUUACAAUGUAUUAUCUUUAUUUUUGAAUUAUGUGCAAUAAAGUAACUUUUCAUGUUUUC